AUGGCAGCUAACAACCCAGGUGGCGCAAUGGCCGCAGAAAUCGAUGCCGAAGUCGAAGUCUUCAAGGAAAUUCAAGGCCAAUUGCAGAGUGUUCGGACUGACUUGCAAACAGUUCUUGGGCAAAUGACGGAGAAUGAAAUGGUACAAAAGGAGCUGGAAUUAGUGGAUAGUUCAGCUAGCGUUUAUAAGAUGGUUGGGCCCGUUCUCAUCAAGAAUUCACUGGAAGAUGCCAGAGACACCGUCAGCAAACGUUUGGAAUUUAUCACGGCCGAGCGGGACCGACUGGAAGCAAAAACGAAGGAACUUGAGACAAGGGGAGCAGCAAUUGCCACUAAGGUUCAACAAAUGCAAGCCACAUUGCAACAAGCAACUGUUGCCGCAGUGAACGAGGUUGCCAAGCAAGCGGCUUAG